AUGCAGAGCUAUGCCCUGACGCCGUCGCGGCGGGUGCGCCGCACGCCCUUCUCCGACCGGGUCGAGCGGGCCGGCGUCACGGCCUACACGGUCUACAAUCACAUGCUGCUGCCGACGGCCUUCGCCGGGCUGGAGGCGGACUACCACCACCUCAAGCGCCAUGUGCAGCUUUGGGACGUCGGCUGCGAACGGCAGGUCGAGGUGCGCGGGCGCGAGGCGGCGCGCCUGCUGCAGAUGCUGACUCCGCGCGACCUGCGCGGCAUGACGCCGGGGCGCUGCUACUACACGCCGAUGGUCGACGAGACCGGCGGGAUGCUGAACGACCCGGUCACCGUGAAGCUGGCCGAGGACCGCUACUGGAUCUCCGUCGCCGACAGCGACCUGCUGCUCUGGGCCAAGGGCCUGGCCUACGGCUUCCGCCUGGAGGUCGACGUCACCGAACCCGAGGUCUGGCCGCUGGCCGUGCAGGGGCCGAAGGCCGAGGCGCUGAUGGCCCGCGUGUUCGGCCCGGCGGUGCGCGAAAUCCGCUUCUUCCGCUUCGGCCGGCUCGACUUCCAGGGGCAGGACCUGGUGGUCGCGCGCUCGGGCUACUCCAAGCAGGGCGGCUUCGAGAUCUACGUCGACUCCGCGGCGAUCGCCGGGCCGCUGUGGGACGCGCUGAUGGAGCGCGGCGCCGACCUGGAGGUGCGCGCCGGCUGCCCCAACCUGAUCGAGCGGAUCGAGGCGCAGCUCCUGUCCUACGGCAACGACAUGACGCGGGAGAACACGCCCCACGAAUGCGGCCUGGGCCGCUUCUGCAACACCCUGGCGGCGAUCGGCUGCGCCGGCCGCGACGCCCUGCUGCGCAUCGCCCUCGACGGGCCGCUGCGCCAGAUCCGCAGCCUGUCCAUCGAGGGGGAGGCCGUGCCCCCCUGCCUGGAGCCCUGGCCGCUCUACGCGCCGGGCAGCGCGACGCCGGUGGGGCAGGUCACCUCGGCCGCCUGGUCGCCCGACUUCGCGACCAACGUGGCCAUCGGCAUGGUGCAGAUGACCCACUGGACCGGCGGCACCCAGGUCGAGGUGGAGGCGCCCGACGGCCGCCGCACCGCGGUGGUGCGCAGCGCCUCCUUCAUCUGA